GACGCUUGGCCGGAUGCGGCUGCCCUCCGACUUCCGCUUCUGAGGCGAGGCGCUGAACCGGCAGACGCAGCGUUGUUCGGCCCAGGGCGGUUUCCAAGGACUCCUUCGGAGCCAAGGAUCCAGCAUCUCCUACUAUCCUGCCCACACUCCUGCCUGCUCUCCCUGACCAUAGUCAUGCCUCGGGGUCAGAAGAGUAAGCUCCGUGCGCGUGAGAAACGCCGCCAGGCCCGGAGUGAGACCCAGGGUCUUGAGGGUGCUCAGGCCACUGCAGGAAAGAUAGAAGAGGCCCCAGCCUCCCCCACUCCUGUUUCUGGGGGCACUCCCCCGGGCUCUCCUACUGCUGGCACUCGCCAGAAGCCUCAGGGAGCCCUCGCCACUAGCUCUCCUGAUGCAGGGGCUUCACGCCCAAGAUCUGCUGUAGGUGCCAAGGGCCAAGUUAAGAAAAGUAAAAAUUCCUCCCAGGCCUCAACCUCCAAGGAGAGCUCUCACGAAGAUCCUCUAACCGGGAAGGUAGGAAUGUUGAUGCAAUUCCUGCUAGAGAAGUAUAACAUGAAAGAGCCCAUUAUGAAGGCAGACAUGCUGAAGCUUGUCAACAAAAAGUAUAAAGGGCGCUUCCCUGAGAUCCUUAGGAGAGCCACUGAGCGCCUGGAGCUGGUCUUUGGCCUUGACUUGAAGGAAGUCAAGCCCAGUGGUCACUCCUAUACCCUUGUCAGCAAGCUAGAUCUCACCGAUGAUGGAAGUCUCAGUGGCGGCUGUGGACUUCCUAAAAACGGGCUUCUGAUGCCUCUCCUGGGUAUGAUCUUCUUGAAUGGCAACCGUGCCACUGAGGAGGAGACCUGGGAAUUCCUGAAUAUUUUGGGCAUCUAUGAUGGGAAGCAGCAUUUAAUCUUUGGGGAGCCCAGGAAGCUUAUCACAGAAGAUUUGGUGAAGGAAAAGUACCUAGUGUAUCGUCAGAUGCGCAACAGUAAUCCUCCUCGCUAUGAGUUCCUGUGGGGCCCAAAAGCCCGCGCUGAAACCAGCAAGAUGAAAGUCCUGGAGUUUUUGGCCAAGGUCAAUGAUACGGUCCCCACUGCCUUCCCAACCCAUUAUGAAGAAGCUUUGAAAGAUGAGGAAGAGAGAGCCCAAGCCAGAGCCGCUGCCAGGGCUCGUGCUGCUGCCAAAGCUGCUGCACGUUCCAAGGUCAAGUCACGUCCAGCAGUUCCUCCCGCCCCUAGUGACGUCUGAGCAGAUUUUUCACUUCAUUUUUGAUAAACGCUGCCAAGCUUUCAAGUAGUGAGAGGCUAAGUUGAUAUAAAUCUUUUUGCGUUCCUGUUAUACCUGAUAUCUUUCAAAUGUUUCUUUGAAUAGAAUGUUUAUUUAGGUUCAGAGUCCAAGUUUAUAAAUGACAUGGAUCAUACAUUUGUUGUUGUUUAUCAGGUUUAAGAGUUUUGGUAUUGUGUAGUACAGUCCUUGCAUCUUUUUGGGUUUCAGAACAAGAUUGAUAUGGCUUUGGGGUGGGAAUUUUCUUGGAAAUGUGAAAGAAGGCUGCAAAAUAUAGCUAUGGUUUUAAAAUAGAUGAAAACAAAGUACAAUAUAGUCAAAUUGUGAUUUGUCUUAUUCAUCUUUGCAUUUCUCUUUGGAAAAUUCAAAGAUACACACUUGGAUGUCCUUAACUUACUCAAGAAUGCAGAUAAAAUUAAGUAGUA